CUUAUUUAUUAUGUAGAUACCUAAUACUCAAACCAUGCCAACUAAUAGGCAAUUCCCACUGUUUAAUUCACAAGUUCAAUAAAACUUUAGCCUCCUAAUCAUUCUCUGUUACAUUCAGUAACCUAGUUUUCUGUAAUCUGAUAAACAAAUUUUGAAGCUCCGUGUACAUAACAUAUCAAAUUUUAGUUUAUUGUACGAGGCUUAUUAAGCUACAUGUAAGGGUGCGCGCCCACGGGCGACAAAGUUGCUCGGCGUAUUUGUAUGAAAAGUUGCGUCGCUUCGUGUGCCCACUUUCAUACUAGCCCAUAGACCGAUGAUGUGAGCGACAAAAAAGUCGCUGCCAAAAGAUGCCCGUGAGCGCGCUCUCUAAAACAACUGAAGCCGCGAUCUACACUUACGUAUGAUCAAACAUCAAACUAGAUGCAUCAGCAGCAACGCAAGUCUGCUUUUACCUACAAUUGGUUAAGAAGAAAUGACCCAAUAAAAUUAUGAGUGUUAACCAAAGGAUAUAAUACUCACUAGGAGGUGUUAACUAUAAGUACGGGUUAGUGCUCGUAUUUAGGCUGGACCAAGAAUUUGACCAUGUAACCUACUCAAUAGUUAUAAAGCACGAGAUGGAUUUGCCCUUGAUCUGCCCUCGCUGGAGCACUUGGUUAAUUAUUGGGCACUUGCAAACGGAUCCAAUGUCUAUUAAGCCCUUAAAGUACGCUCCAUGUGCAAGCACUAACAUGUCAAAAUGUUCACAUUGCCUAGUCUGUGGUAGAAUUGGACAGCUGUCACUGUCAGCUAUUCUGCGGAUGGAACGCAGCACGGUUUGCGUUGAACAAAUUUUCUUUGUUUAUGUACGACGUAAUCGUUCUAUACAAAAAACGCGAGUGACUCACCGUAACAAGUAACAACACAAUUGAAUAAAACAGAUUCUAUAGGGAAAUGAACGGACCUAGUUUUAAUUAAACUGAUUACAAGUCAUUGUGAUCAGUAUCCAUCUUAGGUUCUUAAUACGCGAAUUUGGUGUUAAUUUAAACACCUAGAUGAUAAGUGGAGCACGGAAUGUUAUUAUAAAUUAACGAUGUCUUUGGAUAUAGAAGAAAGUCCUAUAAUUAACUCGGACAUUGACGAAAAUGUGACCAGCAGCAGCAGAAACCUGAUUGUGGAAGAUCGAGAAGAAACAACAGGAUGGAUCAAAAGCCGCACAGUUCUCGGCAUCAUGGGCUUCCUGGGGUUCGCCAAUGUGUAUGCCAUGCGAGUCAACCUCUCGGUGGCUAUAGUGGCUAUGAUCAACGCCACAGCCCCAGUUCCAUCAACAAACGACUCCACGUUAGAUGUCUGCCCGACUGGAAUACCCGAUAAUAGUACAGUACCAGUGAAAACUGGUGAUUUUAAUUGGACUGCUGAACAGCAGAGUAUAAUUCUAGGCUCGUUUUUCUAUGGAUAUGUGCUGACACAGGUCCCCGGAGGUCGAAUAGCCGAGCUAUUCGGCGGUAAACUAGUAUACGGCAUAGGCGUCCUACUAACCGCCAUAUUCACCAUCCUUAGCCCAAUUGCAGCAUACACAGACUUUAAGUUCUUUAUAGCCGUGAGGGCUUUAGAGGGAUUGGGCGAAGGCGUGACAUAUCCAGCCAUGCACGCUAUGCUCGCUCGGUGGAUACCCCCGUUGGAAAGGUCGAAGUUUGCAGCCUAUGUAUACGCAGGAUCAAACUUUGGUACAGUGAUCUCACUGCCCAUAUCCGGAUGGCUUUGCACCCUGAACUGGGGAGGCGGUUGGCCGCUCUGCUUCUAUCUGUUCGGAGGGCUGGGAGUGAUCUGGUUCAUCGGGUGGCUGUUUCUGGUGUAUGACUCCCCGCAGUGCCAUCCUAGGAUAUGUCCGAAGGAGAUUGAGUAUAUUACUCAGAGUAUUGGACCGCAGGAAGACAAACGUGGCAUGGCCAUACCGUGGAUGAAGUUCCUGACGUGUGUUCCUCUGUGGGCCAUCCUGAUCGCCCAGUGCGGGCAGUCCUGGCUGUUUUACACGCAGUUGACCGAGCUGCCGAGUUAUAUGAACAAUAUACUGCACUUUGACAUAGUUUCAAAUGCGAGACUAUCAGCGAUCCCAUACUUCACGGCCUGGAUUGCCGGUAUCAUUAUCAGCAUCUUCGCCGACUGGCUGUUGGCGAAGGGAUUCAUCUCGCGGCUCAACAGUAUGAAACUGUGGAACACAGUCGCGGCGUUCAUCCCUGCGUUCGGGCUGUUGGGCAUCGCGUGGGCGGGCUGCGACCGCACCGCUGUCAUGCUGUUACUGAGCAUCACCUCUGCCUUUGGAGGCGCAGUUUACGCCGGUAACCAGAUGAACCACAUUGACCUGUCGCCUCAGUUCGCGGGCACGAUGUAUGGCAUCACCAAUGCUGCGAGUAACCUGUGUGGUUUCCUAGCGCCUUAUGCCAUCGGCCGCAUCAUUAGUAGUGACCAGCAAACGCUGGGCCAGUGGCGAGAAGUGUUCUACUUGGCUGCGGCCAUUGACCUCGGAGCCAAUCUUUUCUACUUGUUCUUCGCUAGCACUGAGGAACAGGACUGGUCGCUGCCAGAAAGCGACGACAUGACCGCCUCGGCGCCGGUCGAGAGCAUCAUGUACCCCGAGUCCUAGGGCCUCGCCGCCUUCCGCGCCGGCGACGCGCAGGUGACACUCUGUGCGUACACUUAGCACUUCACACUAGAGGUUAACCUUGCAACACCGAUUUAAAGAAUGGUACAGUCGAGUUCACAAAUAUGUGUAUAGUAUGAUUUUUUUGAGAUGGUUUUUUGGCUUUUGCCGUAAUCUGUUAAACAAAAGCCUUUGUUUCUAUUAUUCACGGCGGCUAGCUCCCGUCUCUAGCGCACGCGCUGUAGUUUCAGUGUAGUUAAAAAGCAAAUAUCAUGAUUAGUAAUAAGGUUAAAAUCCAUAAAAAGCCCUUUCGGAGAACGCGUUUUGUCAUCUUCAAAAAAAGUUACCUGCAUACUGUAAACUGUUUCAUAAAUUUGUACC